AGUUUCAACCUUCUUUAUUUAUUAUUUAUUUAAAUAGCCAAGUUCCUACCACCUAGUGCGCAUGCGACGGAAAUGUAAACAUGGAAAUGUAAACAUAUCAUGUUUUAAAAUGUAAACAUCGGAAAUCAUUCUACCCAGAAAGAUCAAAUACACACACAAUGGGGUGUUAUUUUUCUCAAAGAUAUAUUUUUGCUAUAAUGGCUCAUUUGGGUGUCUUACUCACAUAUGCUUUGCGAGUUAAUAUAAGUGUUGCUUUGGUUGCUAUGGUAUCUACAAAUUCAACAAAUUCAGAUAAAAAAUCAUCUAAUCCAGAAUGCCAUAGUGGAAAAAAUACAACAUCAUCAUUAAAUAAUGGAGAGUUUCAUUGGAAUGAAAAUGAUCAAGGUUUGAUAUUAGCUUCAUUCUUUUAUGGUUAUCUACUUACACAACUUCCUGGUGGAUUUUUAGCAAAUAAAUUUGGUGGAAAAUAUGUAUUUGGAUUUGGGAUGUUAGUUGCAUCUAUUUUUAGUUUGUUAACACCAAUUGCAGCAAAAACAAAUUUUUAUCUUCUUAUUGCUGCUAGAGUUCUCAUGGGAAUUGGAGAAGGAGUAACGCUUCCAGCGUUACAUGCAUUAAUUUCUCAAUGGUCUCCACCAGCUGAUAGAUCUAAAUUUGUUGGUUACACAUUCAGUGGUACAAAUACUGGAACAAUUUUAUCGCUUCCAAUAAGUAGCUUGCUAGCUGGUUCAACUUUUUUGGGUGGUUGGCCUUCUGUUUUUUAUGUUUUUGGUACUCUUGGUAUUGUUUGGUUUUUCUUGUGGCUUUUUUUGGUUUUUAAUAAUCCAAAUGAACAUCCAUACAUACGUGAAGCUGAAAGAAAUUUUUUAAAUAAAAACCAACCGGUCUAUUCUUUGGAAGUUAAGAAUAUGACAGUACCAUGGUUUUCAAUAUUUUCUUCUUUGCAUGUUUGGGCAAUACUGAUUGCUCAUUUUUCCAAUAACUGGGUUUGGUAUAUGGUUCUUACCGGACUUCCAAAAUACUUCAAAGAUGUUCUUGAUUUUAAAUUGACAGAGAAUGGUUUCUUAUCUGCUCUGCCUUUUAUAGCAGCAUUUAUAGUAUCAAUAUUUAUUGGCUGGUUUAGUGAUUUUAUAAGAAAGAAAAAAUGCACAACUACAUUUACUCGAAGAUUCAUAUCUGCGAUUGGUUUCUAUCCAUCUGCUGUAUUUCUUAUUCUUGCAAGUUACUCAAGUUGCUCAAAUAUUGCAUGGUCAGUUUCUUGCAUGGUGCUUGCAACUGCUUUUUUAGCUUUCAAUGGAAGUGGUUAUUUAGUUAACCAUUUAGAUAUAAGUCCAAGGUUUGGUGGCAUUUUGAUGGGUUUAUCUAAUACCCUUGGAACUGUUGCUGGUUGUAUUACACCAUCUGUUACAGGGUAUUUUACUAACGGUGAUCCGUCUUCUAAGAAUUAUAGAAGUGUAUUUUUUAUCGCCGCUGCCAUUUGUUUAUUUGGAGGAACAUUUUUUAUUGCUUUUUUGUCUGGCGAAGUGCAACCAUGGAAUAAUGUCAAUGAUGAAAUAUACAAAAAUUCGCGUUUUUUGGAGGAACAAGAAAAAGAAAAAAAAUAAAUAUGUUUUUUGGAAGAACUAAAUAAAUAUUUUUUUGUUUUUUUAUUUUAAGGCACAAUUAUAAAUUUUC